UCGUCACAGUGUGGCGCUUAUGUCGACCUUGUAUAGACUUAGUGUUUUUAGAGCGCUUCAUAUUUCUGGAAAUUAUUUAAAUUGAUAAUUUCGUCUUUAAUGAAAUAGCGCAAUAAACAAAGUUAAUAUUUAAACAAUAGUUCGUUAUGUCUUCUUGUGCUCGAUAUCGUUUGAUUAAAUAAAAUAUAUGAAUGUUUCAUAUAUUUCAUUGAAAGAUAAAAGUGAGAGUAGCGGUGUUGAAGUAAAUUGCAACUGUUUAAUUUUAACUUUCUAAUUCAAUUAAAAAAGCAUUACUGUAAUGUCUCCAGCGAGAUUAACUAGAAAUAAUGAAAAUGAAUUUGAAUAUCCAAGGGCGAAAAAAAGAAAGACUAGCAUUCACGACAAAAGUGUUAAUGGCUCGAUAGUAAGGUUAGAAUGUAACAACAUUACCAGCUUACAUGCAUUUGAUACAUCUUUUUUGAAUGAUUUUAAUUCAAUAAAUUCAUCCAAAAGUCCUGAAAUAUUAAUGGAAAAUGAUAUGAUAAUAAAAACAGAAAUAUUAGAUUCUAUUACUAUUAAAAAUGAAAAUGAAGAAAUCGAUUCAAUCGAAUCAAAAGAUAAUGAAUGUGAGAUAUCUGAAAGAAUGAUUAAACCUACAUGUAAAAUGACCUCUCCUAUGAAAGCUAAACGAAACAAAAGGAUUAAUGAUGUCUUAAUCGAGAAAGAAAAAAAUAUUAUGAAAGAGUUACGAGAUAUAGGAGAAAGUGAAGAGAUAUCGGAGGAUGAUAAGGAGAAAUUAGAAAAUUUACAUGUUAAAUUGAUACACGAAGUACUACCUCAACAUAAAAUUGAAAGUAAUGCCGGAUGUCGUGGACCAAGGAAUCAUGAGAAAAAAUUAUUCGAAAAGUAUGGACCGCUUCGUAAAGGCACUUACUCCUUGCAAGAAGAUGAAAUUAUCAAAAAAAAUUGGAAAAUGUUUUGCAAAGUUCACAAUUGGAAGGAAGAUAAUGUAAAACCAUUCCUGUCGUUAAAACAUAAUGGUAAAUAUUACAUACGCAGUUUUGAGGAACGACAAAAAUUUGUUCAAUUUUUAGCUAAUGGAUUAUCAUGGAGAACUUUGUAUAGUGUAUAUUGGCGGUUCAAAAAUUUAUAUCACAAUCGUAUCUGUCAAAGAUAUAGUCCUGAGGAGGACGAAAAGAUUAUAACUUAUGUAGAGAAGAAAAAGAAUAAUCUUAAUAAGCAUAAAGUUUUUUCUGAUUUAUCUAGAAUAUUGAAUCGUUCUAAGCAAUCAAUCUGGAUGCAUUAUGAGUUUAUUAUAAAAAAGCGCAACGUCGAGGAGGAGAAUAUUUAUGUACUGAAACCAGUGUGGACGUUAUCAUUAAUUAAAAGAUAUAUUAAAAAAUUAGUUCGAUUAACGUUAUGCGAUGAUAUACAAGAAUUGAAAAAUGCUAUUAUCCCAAAGGUAGUUUGGAAAGAGUUAGAAAAGAAAUUAAAUAUAGAUCAUAAAACGCUGAAAAACUUUUGGGUACUACAAUUGCAUAUGCAGCUAUUUUGUCCAAAUAUCAUUUAUAUGAAUGAUGUUAAAAUACAAUUGAUAGAGUAUAUGUUUGAGAAAGGAAUAGCGGAUAGUAGAGAAAUAGUAUGGUCUAAUCUUGUUAAGUACUUCGAUGGAAUGACUUCUUCGUUUCUAAAUAAAACAUUUGUCUAUCUCAUGAAGGAAUUUGACGUGAAACAAUAUAGAAAGAAAAGUUUUUUGGACGCUAUAGAAUAUUUGUAUGAAAAAAAAAUUUCGGACAUAAAAAAUCAUAAGUUGGAUAGAUAUUUACCUAAAAUUCAAUAUACUAAUGGAAAUAUAGAGAUUAUUACUGAAGAGAAAAUGAAUAAACUAGGAGAAAGAUGAACGAAGUAACAAAUAAAUGACUAAUAAAUAAGAUAAAUUUUUUAUCUCAUUUUUCAAAUUAAGUAAUGCGCAUAAAGUAAUAAUAAAUUUAAUGUACAUAUAUUGGGUUGUAACGCAUAAAUAAAUUCAGUUGUAUUCGAUUAUAACGCCGCGUCUAUGAUAUAACAAAUUUAAUUGUGUUACAACCUAAUACAUACAUCAAUCUACAAUACACAAUCGACCAUUUUUGGUAAUGACAAUAUGUUUUGUAGAAGCUAAAAAUAUGAAAUUUAUUUUAGAAAA